GUGAAUGCAUGCAGGCAAUCGUGUUUCUAGAUGUUUUGUGUGUUGAUUUUCUAGGCUAUUUAGUUAGUAGUUGUUGGUUGAGAUGGAUGGAGGGAGUGUUGGAGUGAACAGGAGGAGAAGGAAAGAGGAGAGCUCGGAGGGAGCGGGAGGAAAAACACAGAGAAGAGAGAACGAUUCAGAGUCUUGUUUAGAUGAGUCUGCUGAUCAGAGGAGUGUUCAUGAAGUCAUAACCUAUGAGCCAUCUACACUGCCAGCACAGCACUACGAUCCUGACACCACAGAGCCCAUCAGCUCUGGUCUGAAGUCUCUGGAUGAGCUUUUGUCGUGGAAACGCAGUGAGGCGAAUCCUUUUAACAUUGCUACAGUGCCCCUGGCCAGCAGGCAUCCACCACUGGCCAACAGUCCAAUGAGGACACUGGUCUCUCAUGAUAUGAUGGGAGGAUACCUGGAAGACAGGUUUAUUCAAGGCACUCAUGUGGAAGAUCCGUAUGUCUUCUAUCACUGGGAAUAUAUUGACAUAUUCAACUACUUCAGCCACCACAUGGUCACUAUCCCUCCUGCAGUGUGGACAAAUGCAGCUCAUAAACACGGUGUUCUUUCAUUAGGGACAUUCAUCACUGAGUGGACGGAUGGAAGGAAGAUGUGCGAGGUGUUCCUGGCGGAGGAGGAAGCGUAUCGGUCUGCUGCAGAUAAGCUGGUGCAGAUUGCUCACUGCUACGGCUUUGACGGCUGGCUUGUUAACAUCGAGAACGUGCUGGGUGCCACUGCAGUGAAGAAUAUGGGCCCGUUCCUGCGGUACCUGACUGAUCAGAUGCAUGAGCGUGUUCCAGGGAGUCUGGUGAUCUGGUAUGACAGUGUUCUAGAGAAUGGGACGCUCAAAUGGCAGAACGAACUGAACGACAGUAACAAAGUGUUUUUUGAGGCGUGUGACGGGCUCUUUACCAACUAUAACUGGACAGAGAGCAGUCUGGAGGGAAUGGUCUCCCACUCCGCAGCUCAGGGUCGUCUGGCGGAUAUUUACAUUGGGAUCGAUGUGUUUGCGAGAGGAGAUGUGGUUGGAGGGAAGUUUGAAACCAACAAGGCUCUUCAGCUGGUGCGUAAACACGGAUUUUCCACAGCCAUCUUUGCUCCUGGUUGGGUUUUUGAAUGCCACGAUAAGGCAAACUUUCAAGAAAACCAGGAUAAGUUCUGGCUGCUGCUGUCUGAUCAUCUGUACGUUCACCGCCCGGUCUGUUCCCUACCUUUCGUCUCCUCCUUCUGUCAGGGCGUUGGGAAGAGUUUCCACUGGAGAGGGCAGGUGGCACAAGAGAAACGGUGGUUUAAUCUGACUGCUCAAGAACUCCAGCCGCUGUACUUUAAGAAGGGUUUGGAGGAUGGGGGCUGGUGGAGAGCUCGCGGCUGCUCCGAGGACGCCUGGGCAGGGGGGAGCUGUCUGCUUCUGGAAGGAAAAUUACCACAAAAUGUGUCUAAAGUGUGUGCAAGGAUAUUUUCUCUUCAUGUUCCUUUGGCCAUGAGGACGUUUAUCUCUUUCAUCUAUAAGCCGUCAGUGGGAGUGAGUGUGUCUCUGGAGCUGAAGACCACAGAUGCUGAUCUGUGCACAUAUACAGGAAGAGAGGAAAUACCCUCCAGAAGUGUGUUUCCUGUUGUGUUGAGGGAAGAUCACCAAUUGGUAAAGCAGUUUAUUCAGAGUUGUGGUCAGUGGAGAGCGGAUGGCUGGACCACCAGAUGUUUCCAGCUGGAGCUGAGUGGUUGUGCACUGAGGGAGGUGUGUGUUAAUGUGGCUCGAGACGGAGGGGAAGAAGCAGAUCUGGAUUUUAACUGCAGGAUUGGGGAGAUAAUGGUUUUGGAUGCGGAGAGUUUGUUCACGCCCACUCUCCCUGUGCGGAGUGUGUGUGUGUAUGAUGUGGUUUGGCAGAGAGGAGCUGGAGAUGGGGACGGAAGUUCUUUGAAGGUCCAUCUUAAUGCCACAUUGCGCUGGACCUAUCCACCGCAGCUGGUUCGUCACUGGCGGGUGCACUGGCGGAGGCUGCGGGGGCCGGACCCCAGAGUUCCUCCGGGGUCGCUGACUCUGAUAGGCCGCUCGUAUUCCACACUGUUCCGUGUGGCAGAGUUGGAGGUGCCAGACGCUCCAGGGCUGCUGGAGCUGCUGGUGGAGCCGGUCAGCAGAGAGGGCUUCACUCUGGACCAGAGCUACUGGGGGAGGAUAACACUCAGCUACACACACAACACUGAUAACAUAUAAACACACACCUUUUUUAUUCUAUUCUAGUUAUGAAGAAAACGCUUUUUCUUUUCUUUUGUUUCCACUUUGCAUCAGCAGGCAGAUCCUAUUCAGAUUUCAUCAUGUUCUGUUAGUUCACUAAAUGCUCAAAAAAAAGGUUUGUCAGCAACUUCUAAUGAAUGCAGUAAGCUACUGGUAGUUUAUUUUGCGUCCAGUUAUGACACAGAUAUGCAAUAGAGACACACAGCAUGUUUAGUCCCUGUUAAGAAGUAUUGCUAAUAUAUUUUCUGCUUUUUUUAAAGCAGAAAACAUAAACAUUUUGGCCCCAUGCCGUACACCAGAGGUGGGUUUAUACCCCUCUUCCCUGCCACAUCACUGAGCAACAGGGGUUGCACAAUAAACUGAAACACCUGGUUUUAGACCACAAUCAUUUAUUGUCUCGACAGACAGUUCUGGUGAAAUCAGGAGAGUUGAGGUGCACAUUGAAUUCUGCCGUGAUUUGGGCAGCCGUGGUUAGCACCCGAAUAUCCAUUUCAGACAGCUUCCUCUUGCGUCCACAGUUAAUCCUGUUGGAUGUGGUUGGUCCUUCUUGGUGGUUAUGCUGACAUUACUCUGGAUACUGUGGCUCUUGAUACAUCACAAAGACUUGCUGUCUUGGUCACAGAUGCGCCAGCAAGACGUGCACCAACAAUUUGUCCUCUUUUGAACUCUGGUAUGUCACCCACAAUGUUGUGUGCAUUGCAAUAUUUUGAGCAGAACUGUGCUCUUACUCUGCUAAUUGAACCUUCACACUCUGCUCUUACUGGUGCAAUGUGCAAUUAAUGAAGAUUGGCCACCAGGCUGCAUCAAUUUAACCAUGAAACCUCCCACACUAAAAUGACAGGUGUUUCAGUUUCAUUGUCCACCCCCUGUAUGUCCUUGGGAAUGAUAAAUCUAUCAGAGAGUUGGGGAUUAGGUGCAGCAGUGAUCAUCAAAUAUCCUGACUUGUUGUAAGUGAAGCUAGUCUCGUCUUUUUUUUUUUUUUUUUGAGGUGCUGCAGAAACCUUAGCAGAUGCAAGACCACCAUCUCGUCCACCAAUGGAGAUAAACAAUUAUGUUUUCUGAUUAUAUACUAAUAGGGGCAAGGGUAGGGUACUGCAAUAAAACAGAUCUCUUAUAAAAUGAUAAUCUUAAAGGAGACAUGAAAAUUGUUUACUUUUAGCUUGCCUUAAACAAUUGAUUUGUGAAAAUUAAGUGUAACAUUACUGAUUUCUUAAUCCAGAUUCAGUCAAUUAGUCAAGACAUGUUUGUAUCUGAUGUGCACUGAUUUAGUUUAUAAUGGCUGGUGCUAGGCUAAUGUUGCUAACAAACACUGGGCAUUGACCACACCACCAACUCUUGCAGCAACCUCAAAAUCUUCAUUCAUUUACUUCAAAAUUCAGCAACCUGUUUUCUACAGAAUGAUAAUUUUAUUUUAAAACAUUUAGGACCAGUUUUCCAGACAGGGAAUAAGCCUAGUUCUGGACAAGACAGCAUUAGAUUAGAUUCGCUAUUGAAAGAAGAAUGAAUGAAGUGGUUAAUGGUUAGCAUGUUCGCCUCCCAGCACUGGGGUCUUGGGUUCAAGUCCCUAUCUGAGUGGAGUUUCCAUGUUCUCCAUGUUCCAUGUCUGUGUGGGUUUCCUCCGGGGGCUCAGGUAAAUUAAAUACUCUAAAUUGAUCUGGUAAAUUGGAUACUCUAAACUGACCCAAAAUUGAUCGUGUGUGUGUGUGUGUGUGUGUGUGUGUGUGUGUGUGUGUGUGUGUGUGUGUGUGUGUGUGUGUGUGUGUCUGUGUGUGUGUGUCUGUGUGUGUGUGUCUGUGUGUGUGUGUGUGUGUGUGUGUGUGUGUGUGUGUGUGUGAGAGAAAAUGUAAGUAUGACUGUGCUCAGAUAAGGAUUGGCACUCUGUGCUGGGUAAAUUCUGUAGUGCCUGAUGCAGUCCACCAGGUGGACGGUUGUUUCCGGUUGAGAGUAUGCUGUACGCUAUUGGUGUGUGGAUGAGUGCUGAGUAUGAAUGGUUGUACAUUAAAUGUGUAAAUUGUAAAGCGUUUUUGGGUUUCUAAAAAGUAUUGUAUUGGAAACCCACCCUCAGUGGGGAAACUGAAACUGUAAAUUAUCAUUGUAAUACCAUCUCACAUUGUAUUAGUGUUCCACCUUCAGACUGGAGCACAUGAAUACCACACACUGUGAAUUACAGUGGUUACAGUUUCUCCAUCAAUCAGCUUUGUAGUGAAGUUCAUAUUUGUGUUUUUGGACUAAAGUAAAACACACUGUGUUCUAAACCACAUUCAUUUACCAAACUAAAAAACAUUUGGAGUUCUGAGAGAUGGGCCGAUGAUGAUUUUGGAGAGGUGUAAGAUGCAUGUAAGAUACCCAACAUGUUGUAGAUGAUUAAAUAAAUCUGGGCUCAGAGAUCAUUUAUAUUAUUUUUUUUUUUGACUGAUUUAAAAUUUGUUCACAUCAGAAAGAGCAGUGGGUGUUUUGAAAUGAUGAAGGUUUUGUUUUGACAGUGAAGAGUGACUCGGAGUGUUAAAUGCAAUGAUGUAUUGAUCUAAAGGUGCUAAUAUUUAUCUGCAUGAAGUUGAAGUGACUGUAGGUUUUUAUUUUAAACAAGAUUUUGUUUUCAUGAAUACACUUUUAUUAUCAGUUUGUCUCUCCAAACAAUAGAUCAGGUGGCCUCCUGCACAGAGGGAAUAAAAAAUCUGGAGCCACUUCUGCCCUUUUGUGUACAAGACUGAAUACCCCUGAUAUACAGUAUGCACUGAAAUACAACUGUGCUGAAAUAAAAAAUAGUGUUUGUGUAAUUGUGUUUUGAACCAAACUGAAAUGAAUAAAUACAGGUAAUCACAUCCCA